ACAACUUUUUGUCACUUGUAUGUACAUGCGUGUCCCUGCAUUACGGAUGUAGUAGGAACAGUCGGCAUGAGUAAAUACGAGGAUUACAAUAGUGCGUCGCGUAACUAUGACAACCAGAGGUUUGCUUUGGGUUCUGACGUCAUGGCAGCGAUGAUACAGUUUCACUGUGGGAAACCUUUGAAAGACUUGCACGUCCUAGAUGCAGGUUGCGGGACCGGAAACUAUGCAAAGGCUCUAAUUGAUUAUGGUGUAGGUCACGUGACUUUGUUAGAUGCCUCACCUGGCAUGUUGGAGAAGGCCAAGGACAAACUUGCUGAUGCAAUCGAAUCAGGAAAGAUUAAAGCAGUUGUGGAGUCUGCAAUGCCACAGAUUCCAUUUCCAGACGCAAGCUUCGAUGCUGUUAUGUUUAAUAUGGUGCUUCAUCAUUUAGAAGGGAACCCUAAUGGCGAGAAUUUCCCAACAAUAGAGAAGGCUCUCGCAGAAGCAAGACGAGUUUUGAAACCUGACGGGGUCCUUGCAAUCACUUCCGGUGAACCACCGCGUGAGUAUUACAAAAUAUGGUUUGUACAUCUGAAUCAAGACAUCGUGAAACGCCAUGUGAAACAUUACCUACAUGACAGGAAGUGGCACGAGAUAUUCCGGAAGUGCGGUUUUAACUGCGUAGACUACAUACAUAUAAAUGUAGAUAUUCCGGAGCAUACCUACAAAACACUGCUUGAUCCGGAAGGACCUCUGAAGAAAGAAUGGCGAGAUUGUAAUUCCUACUGGGCAUCUGCUAAUGAGGAAGAUUUGAAAGUAGUCGAGGAGAAAAUAAAUGAAAUGAAAAGUGCCGGAACGCUAGAAAACUUCAUUGAAACAAAAAACACUUGUCAAGGAUUCUUUGUUGUUCCAAUGCUAAUCGGCAAACCGCAAUUAGCGGAAUAGAAGCAUAAAUAAAAGUUUAUAUCAGGAAGAAUGAACACAUUUGUGGGUUUUGAAAAGACUUAACAAACAUGAAUAUGUUUGGUAUUAAACAAGUUGUGUAGCAUCAUUUUCCCAGUCUCACAUAAACAUUAAUAAUCUACUCAGAAAUUCAGUAACUUUAUUGUAAUAUACGCUAGUGUUUAGAUAUAUGCCUCAUUUUUCUUAAUUGAUUGUGGAAAAACCGGGACAACUUUUAUGUAGUACAACGUGGAUGAUGCCUCUCAUUUUUAGGUUUAUUUUGAUAUAUUUUGACAGAUCUGUACCUGGUAAGGAUUUUUGUGGACUAAGAAAUUUAUUUUUUAGAAUUACUUUCCUUUGUUGUUCCUAUAAAUAUAUUUUUUUUAUUAUUGGCCAUACAGAAAAACCAACACCAUUUUGUUUUGGUACAACAUGGAUGAUACGUCAAAUUUAAGGUGUAUUUUGACCUAUCUCUGCUUGUGUGUGUGUGUGUGGAUGAUAGUUUCUGUUAAAUAACUUUAGUUUGCGUCAAGAUAUUGAAAUGAAACUUGUUUGAAUUGGUCAAGAACAUCCAACGGGAAAAUGAUCACUCAACAAAUAAAUUGUCUUCUGUUGUCUUCUAUUGUACUAUAUAGUAUAUAAAACUAUGUAUAUUGUCUAUAGAAAUUAUGAACAAGAAUCAUUUAAGAAAAAAUGUCCUUCACUUUUUUUGCAGUCAAAUCAAUUUUAACUGAAUGUGGUUUAAACAACAUAUGGGACCAGCAAACUGUAAUUAAUAGUGAAUGGCUUAAAAUGGCAGUUAGACAUAAACUUAAAGAUUUAUUCAUAACUGGUUGGCACUCCCUUAUUUGAAAUUCCAGCAAUAGCACCUUUCAUAGAAAAUUUAAAACUUCUUUUGGCUUAGAAAAGUACUUAAGCAACACCCCGAAGUCAUUAUUGCGAUUUAUGAUAAAAUUCCGCACGCGAAAUCAUAGAUUACCUGUUGGACAAGGAUACCAAUAAACCUUGGGAAAUGUAACACGUGUGAAAAUAAGUUAGGGGACGAGUAUCAUUAUCAGUUUGAAUGUAACCUUUUUGUACAAUUCAUUCAACCAUACUACUUAAAACAUCCAAAUGUAUAUAAAUUAGAGCAACUUUUGAAUACCAUUUACAGGAAUUUGUGCAAGUUCGUUAAAGUAUUAUUGUUACAAUUCAGAUAGGUUAUAUUCUAUAAUUAGCCGGAGUUACACAUACAUAUACACAUAUAUUGGUUUUGUUAACUAGAAAUAAAAAUUUUGCAUUUCGUCGUGUUAGCUUUGUUAAAACUUUGUUGAUAAAUUACUUAGCAUGAGCCUCAAACAUGUUGUUAAUAUAUGACCUCA